AUGCGGGAUUUUUAUGAGACAGAAACUGAGGUAUACGGUACCUUGAAAGAUAUUCAAGGUAAACACGUCCCUCAACUGUUCGCAUGUGCUACAUUGCGUGGGUCAUCUGCGCUGCACGAGGCGUCAGUCAGCAAGUAUACUGAGAUCCCUGGGAUUCUUUUGGAACAUAUUGAUGGAUUUCCCUUGACCGAUAUCGCUGUACAUGCUCCCAGAGAAGCCUGGCAGUCACUCUGCGAACAAGCCAUCCACAUCAUCCACCAAGUCGGCGAUCGAGGUAUUCUUAAUGAGGAUGUCAAAACAAGGAGCUUCGUCGUUCAAAAAAGCUCAGAGAGAAAACUCAAGAUGCUUAUGCUUGAUUUUGCGCUGUGCAAGUUUCGCAGGGACUAUGAAAGCGAGAAAGACUGGUGGGAAUGGAAAGCAAUACAAGAUGAAGAGGGGGCAGUGGGAUAUGUAAUGCGGAGGAGAUUACAAGGAGGUUAUGUUUACCAUCGAUCUGCCUUAUAUACAAGGCUGGAUGACGACUACAAGCCAGAGAAUUGA